CUGGCAUCGCCGUUUCAUUGUGUUAUUGUUGUUUUUGGUUGAAAUAUAAUUGUAAAAAAUGACAAUCUAUUUAACGUUAUUAAAUGGGACAGGCUAUGUUUUCAAUGCAGAUGACUACAUGGAGCUGCGCACAAAACACAGAAUAAUGGGUGCUCCAGUGGGCACGGCCAACAGCAAAGGCUGGAGCUCCAGUGAAGCCGCUCUGCCAGUGGAAUUGACUAAAUGGGAAACGCAGUGGCUUAUUGAGGCACGAAUUGCGGUUUUAGUCAGCAAAUCACGAGCUUUAAAAGCCCCACCAUCACCCGAAAUGUUGCAGGCUUAUAAAACGGAAUUUAAGGCAAGUUUAUUGGCCCAGGCAGAUGCCUUGAAGGCCGAAAAACUGCGGGAAACUGAACGACAUGUGGAUAAAAUCUUAGUUGGUAAACGCAACAAGUUAUUGAAGCAAGCAAAAAACGAGGAGGCCGCUGCUUUAACAACUGAGGAUGUGCUCGAAGAAAUUGCCAAUAAUUUCGUAUUUGAAAGUCAAAAUGCCCUCGUGGAGUUGCCCUGCUCUCAUAUGAUGAAUCACUUCGCUAAACUCUGUAGUGAACCCGUGUAUGACACCAAAUCGCUCAAGUAUCGCGUCUUUCUCGAUUUGUGGCGACGUGGAAAGUUUGUCACUUCUGGCGAAGCUUUUGGCGCUGACUUUCUGAUUUAUCCUGGAGAUCCAUUGCUAUAUCAUGCCUCGCAUAUUGUUAUUAUACUAGAAUCACCUGCUAUACGUCCUCUGGAGUUGAUUUGCAAAGUGCGUCUAUCUGUAACCGUUAACAAGGACUGUGUUUUUGCCUAUAAGCAAACUGAUAGCAGCAAUAUCAUUUAUCAAUCGGUUAAAUGGUGCAAAUAAUUUCAGUUCUUGUGUUUUGCGGUCUACUGUGCGCUUCGCUCACUCUAGUCAGAUUGUCGCUUCCCCACCACCCCACCCCAGGCCCACCACCCAAAUGACAUUCGCUCAGCAUUGCCAGCCACAAAAUACGCUCACUGCUUUAAUGCUGAUUGGACUUUUAAAGCAGCGUGAACAUUUCUCGUGUCCAGCAUCAAAAUCAAAACAGAGAAAAUUGUAAUCUUGCGUUUUUUUUUUUUUCGGCUCUACUCACACGCCGCUCACUUAGUUUAUUACUUCUCAGAGUAUUUGGACGCGCCAUGGAUAGAACUCUCCCUGGUGUUAUUACUCUCCCCGGCUGCAGCGAAUCCAAAACAGCACGUUGUUUCAGUCUGUGCUCUUAAGCGGGACUUGAUCUGCAUAAAAAUAGGGUCGAGCUGUCUCUGGGAUGCAUGUCAAAAGUAACAGGUGAUUGCCUGAACUUGCUCAAAGAGCGGGUGAAGAAUUUGUAAGAGAGAACCGGCUUUUAGCAGGAUCUGUUGAUUGGAAGAUUUUAGCUGGCAAAGUAACUAAAUUGAUCAUUUAUAUAAGUAGACUCUCUUUAUAUUUGAUUUUGUAAUUAAAAAUAUUUAUUUAAUAAUUUUUAAAAUCAUAUUUUACAAUUUGA